GACACUUUUUCUUGCACAAAAUUAUAAAAUUGCGAUGGGUUGGUGAACUUAAAUCCCUUCACACUCAAUAAUAAAAAACAAACGGGGUUGACUUCAUCGAAAGAUAGACAAUAUUAUGGACAUUCUACAGUGACGGAAGCCACCAGUCAUGUUGAGUUUUCUUGAGGGCCUUCGGAACGGGAGACAAAAACCCGAGUCUCUGGUCCGUGCUGAAGUGACGAGGAGAACUUUUUGUUUAGAACUGAGUAAAGGCAGAGAUGUGCAGAGAAUUCAUCAAAGUGGAAUUAACACUCUGGACAUCGACCCCACUGAGGGAAAAUAUCUUUUAUCUGGAGGAUCUAUGGGCGUUUUAGCUAUCUUUGAUAUUGAAUCAAUACCAGCAUCGAAAGAAUUCACCAGUAAAGCUGUUUGCACUGUAGGAAGAUCUAAUAAACAUGUCCACAAGCGAAGUGUGGAGACGGUUCAAUGGUACCCACAUGAUACUGGCAUCUUUACCAGCAGCUCCACUGACUGUCUGCUCAAAGUGUGGGAUACCAACGCCCUCAUACCAGCAGAGACAUUCACAAUGGAUAAACCAAUAUAUUGCCAUAAUAUGUCACCUAUAGCUACAAAACACUGCCUUAUUGGUGUGGCUUCACAGAGUUCACAUAUCUCACUGUGUGACCUCAAGUCGGGGUCAGCGACGCAUAUUCUGAAAGGUCAUAGGGCAUCAGUCAUGUGUUUGAAAUGGUCUCCUAAGCAAGAGUUUCUUUUAGCAUCUGGGAGUCAGGACAACAAGUUGAUGCUGUGGGACAUUCGAAAAGCCAAAGGAUGUUUAAUGGCUUUGGAUCAACAUAACGGAGAGGCUGUUGGACACUCAUCAACUGCAUUGUGUACAGCUCAUAAUGGACACGUCAAUGGUCUUUGUUUCACUGAGGACGGUCUACGCCUCUUGAGCUACGGCACGGAUGAUCGUCUUAGAUUGUGGGACAUUGCAAGCGGGAAGAAUACAUUGGUGAACUUUGGUAAAGUAACCAAUGAUUCUAGAAAGAACGUCAAGCUAGCCGUGUCUACAGGGUCCGUACCCGAUGCAGCCUUCGUACCCAAUACAAUGGACCUCGCUGUAUUUGACCUCCAGAAUGGGGAGCUAGUCUACGACCUCAAAGGUCAUUACAGCAAUGUGAAUUGCUGUGUAUUUCAUCCACUGUUCCAGGAGGUUUACAGCGGGGGAAAUGAUAGUAACAUUCUACUCUGGGAGCCGGAUGAGGGUAGGGUCGUUGACCUCGGAGAAGAAAAACCUGAAAAACAGAAGAAGGGUCGGAUGUUUUAUGGGCAAACUGUGAAUGCAACGGAAGACGCUUGGAGUAGCGAUGAGGACGGUUGAAGAGAAACAGAGGGCCUUCUCCGAGAAACCUAAAUCUUUCUCAAUUCCUAACUCUUGGUGUCCCUGAUGUGACUUGGAAGUUUAUUCCAGAGUUUGCGUCCAUACCGAGAAGGCUCUAUCAGCAAAAAUUAUGUUACUUGUUCUUGGCACUGGAAGGUUUACCAAGUAAAUCCAUUAUUUUCUCAGAACAAUGUACUAGCACCUUUUGUAUCUGCGAUCCAAUGGAACAAUGGACAAUUUAAUUUGAAUUUAAAUUAUGCACAACUCAAUUUCGAUACAAAGAAAUUGUACUUUUCAGAAUUGAGAUGAAAUAAUACAAUUCUAGCGUUUUAUGUCUUUAU